AUGAGACUUCUCAACGCAACCAGCUUCACACUCACAAACUUUAAUGACGAACGGACUGUCCCCGAAUACGCCAUUCUAUCCCACACCUGGGGCGACAACGAAGUAAGGUUCAAAGACCUCGCCGAGCUCUCUCGCGAGCAACUGGCCACGAAAAAAGCCUACAAGAAAGUUGAGACAUGCUGUACUAAAGCACUCGAAUGCGGUUUGGAAUGGGUAUGGAUUGACACCUGCUGCAUCGACCAGCAAAGCAGUGCCGAGCUAUCAGAAGCAAUUAACUCCAUGUACCAGUGGUACCGACAGUCUGCAGUUUGCUACGCUUAUCUUUUCGAUGUGCAUUGUGUGGAAAAAGACUUCUUACCUAGCCAGACUGUUGAUCUGCAGAAUCUUGAUGCCAAGAUAUCUUUCGAGAGAGCUCGCUGGUUUACGCGAGGAUGGUGCUUACAGGAACUGCUUGCACCGCGAAACAUGCAAUUUUUCAACGCGCAUUGGGAAUACAUCGGUAGUAAAAAUAGUCUCAAAACACCAAUUUCGUUGGUAACAGGUAUCGACGAAUACGGCCUCUUUAUCCCGGAUCUAUCAGUACUCAGCGUGGCCCAUAGAAUGGCUUGGGCAGCUAGUCGGGAAACUACCCGGCCUGAAGACAUCGCCUAUUGCCUCUUGGGAAUAUUCAACAUCAACAUGCCACUUCUUUACGGAGAAGGACAAGUUCGAGCUUUCGGUCGACUGCAAGAAGAGAUCAUGAGGAGAACGGAGGACCAUUCGAUUUUCGCCUGGAGUGGUAUUGGGACGGAUUUCAGGAAUGACAUGGUUGGCUUUCUGGCUCCUCAUCCAUCGGGAUUUAGCUAUGGCAGGGUGGAUCUGUGCGAGCUACCAGGAUAUACUGAACCGCUAUCGAUUACUGGGCGUGGCAUUCGUGCUCAGAUGCCACUUAUCCGGCAAGGAGGUCAUCGUGAGAACUAUCUCGCCGUGAUUGGGUGUAUGAAAUACGGCUUAUCACAGCGAUAUUAUGCGAUCCCCGUCACUCGUCUCAAUGAAUCAAGUGAUAUAUAUCGACGCAGAUCGCCAGAUGUUCAGACCGUUUCGUUUGAAGAGGCGGAAAACGCAACCUUGAGUACGAUAUUUCUGUUGCGACAUUCCAAGCCGACUCAUUUGGAAGACAAAGAUACGACACAGGUGUGGUUGAGUUUACUGGAGAUGAGAGACUGUUUUUACAGGAUCAGUGGUACUUUCCCAUCAUCGUUGUGGAACGUCGAUCGGCGAGUCUUCGCCUUCUCAUCGUCGGAUUUUGAGGAUUAUUCUUGCAUGGAAAUUGCAUUUACCAACGCUCAGGGAAGAGGAUUUGUUUUGAGAAUUGACCUAGACCCGACGAAGGGCAUAAUCACCAACUUGGUCGAGUAUGAGGACCGUGGCACUCGGACGUACGAACCAUUUGAUAUCGUGAGUGAGAUCGUGUCGACGGGUACGCAGAUCAGAGCACUGCCUGAUUCCAAGAGUCAACUUUUAUUGAGACACCAUGCAGUGGAAGCCGAAGUGGAACGGACUAUUGUUUUCGAGCAGGAAUUGUACGAAAUAAGAAUCUCCAUCAAAAGGAUAUAA